AGACGAUUUUUUGCCCCAGGUGUGUUGUCUGCUUACAUUGCUAUAUCAUCAGGCUGAUAGCGGGCAGAUAAUUAACCACACUGUCCGCGCAUUAUCGUGUCUCGACAGAGGUCACCACCUGCAGUUGGGGUCAGGAAGAACCGAUAAUCUGUAGAAUGAAAGGUUAGCAUCACUGUCCAUGGCAUGAUGAUAUCGUCUGUAGCCGCCCCGGGCCUUGACCUCUCUAAUUUGCGUAAGCUGCUCGCAACUAAGGAGCACGUGUACCAGAACAGCUGAUUCCGUCGUGACCCAAAUUACAGCGGGUGGGGUGGUGGACAAGUGGGUAGAGACCUUGUACCUUGGGAAAUCGGUGACAGAAUCAGCGCAGCAUCACCAGUCGUCACUGUGGGUUUUAUACAUCGUCGCCAGUGCAUGCUGGGCCUGCGAAGCUUUGUCAAGCACCGUCACGUACGGGCGGCGUGACCAGGACUGCGUGUAUCUCCGCUCGCCUCCGCGACCUGCAUCAAUCUUUUCUGAGCUCCUGCUUGCCACUCCACGCCUGACGGUCUUUGUGGCAAAAGGAAAAACACAAGAGAAAGUACGGAGUUUCCGUCAGGAGAGGUUGGGACCGUUGACGGACGCAAAUGCUCUUGGAACAUUGAUGAUGACGUGACGAGGUGUGCACAGGUGUCGGGUGGAUGGUUGGUCAAGCGGGAGGACCCCACGGUCCACGAAAGUACGGGUUGUGCGACUGGUAUUCACCUAGUCAUCUGUUUCAUCGCCCCUGGUGUGUGGCUGCGCCAACUCGGUGCACCGUGCAUUCUCCACCUGCAAGUGCGUCACGCCAAGUCACACCGACCGCCAUACGUCGCACGGAGGAGGAAUUGAACUCCCCCACCCCCUUCUUGUGUCACCAGUGUCAUAUCUUUGAAGAGGUGGUGGUAGGGUGAAGACGGGAAGCGAAAUGUCUGGCACCGGAGUGCUGGAAGGUUAAUCGAAGACACCCAGACGACAGCAAGGUGAGGCGCCAGCCAUGUCGGCCUCUGACAGACGAUGUCGGCCUAGCCUCAGGGGGUCGGCCAUCAAGUGUGGCAUCGCCAGCACCGACCCCAGCGUGCAGGGAGACUGCACUGCAGCAUACAGACGAAGACAUGGACAGAUCAGCUUUAUGUCAUCAGAAGACUUUCCCUCAGACGAGGAUUCCUCUGAUCCAGAUUACCUGCGCUCUUCAUUGCCACCAGUUCAGGACCCUUCUCCUGAUGUGACCAGUAUUGAGUCAAAUGAUGUAAAGCAGCAGAUCUUGCUGGACUCGGGACGAUGGGCUGCUACAAAGCAGACCCAGUACUCCAUUCCAACCUUGACUCAUUUAAUACAGAGGAGGGAGAUUGGAAUGGACACACAUCAGCACUUUUCUGCAGGAAACUGCUGCCUCAUCAACUCUAGAUUUUUACCAAAUAAGUGUAAGCAGGUGGCCCAGCUUUAUCACAAAGUCUUUUGUGGUACCUAUUCACAGGACGGAAAUGUGUUUCUCACAGCUUGUCAGGAUCAGAAUGUGCGGCUGUUUAACACCCAAGGUUCAAAGUUUGAACUGUUUAAAACAAUACAUGCCAGAGAUGUGGGCUGGAGUGUCCUAGAUGUAGCAUUCAGUCCUGAUGGAAGCCAUCUGAUUUACUCCAGCUGGUCAGACAGCAUCCACCUCUGCAACAUCUAUGGUGACCAUGAUGUUCACGAGCCCUUGCCACUUCAUCCAGGAGAGAACAGCUUCUGCAUCUUCUCCCUUAUGUUCUCCUCUGAUAAUCGUGAAAUUAUUGGCGGGGCCAAUGAUGGUUGUCUCUAUGUCUAUGACCGAGAAAGUAACCAGCGCACAUUAAAGAUUGAAGCACAUGACGAUGAUGUCAAUGCUGUGUGCUUUGCUGACAGCAGUUCACAGAUUCUCUACAGCGGUUCUGAUGAUGGUCUGUGCAAGGUGUGGGACCGCAGGACGCUUCGAGAAGACAGCCCAUUGCCUGUUGGUGUCAUGGGAGGUCAUUAUGAUGGGAUCACCUUCAUAGACUCAAAGGGUGACGCUCGGUAUUUUGUGUCCAACUCCAAAGACCAAACCAUUAAACUGUGGGAUAUGAGAGUUUUUUCUUCCAAGGAUGGGAUUGAGGCAACAAAGAAGGCCGUUUCCGGUCAGCGCUGGGAUUAUCGGUGGCAGCAAGUGCCUAAACGCAUGACCAAGAAGCGGCGUCUAGGUGGGGACACCUCGGUCAUGACAUAUCGGGGCCACAGCGUUUUGCACACUUUGAUUCGCUGUCGGUUCUCUCCUGCCUUCACCACAGGCCAACGCUACAUUUACACGGGUUGUUCCACUGGCAGUAUUGUUGUGUACGAUGUACUAACUGGCAAGGUGGUGAGGAACUUGGAAGGAGGACAUAAAUCUUGUGUGCGAGACAUAUCCUGGCAUCCCUAUCAACAUACCAUCAUUAGUUCUUCUUGGGAUGGCACAGUAGGCCAGUGGGACUACUUUGAUUACCAUGCACACGAGCCUGAAGAAGGGGAGAUUAUCUUUCAUGCUGGCAAUGAUUUGGGACGUUUUGCAACCAUGUCCCACCAGCAGAAAGUAAUAAGGAGUAGGCGAAACCUGGCAAAGAUAAAAACAGACAGCUUUCGAAAACUAUAUGACUAAGCUUUGUGUGCUGAUCAGUGACAAUCAGGGACAGGCUGUGCCUGUUGAACUUUAGUGCCUCCUUAUAUUGGGCUGUGUAAUCAGUACUUGUGAAAAAAAAAAUCAAUUGGCGAUGGCAUCAUUUAACUAAUAAGACAAUGAAACCUUGUGAUUUAAUUGUCUUGCAAGUUGAAGGAAAACAGUAGUAGUUUUAAUCAACAUUGUGCUGGUGUGCAGAGCCAUAUGCAAAAAUUCCUGCAGCAACAGCAACAGAUGGUGGACUGUGAUGAUAAUUUGAGUCAUGACUUGACUUAUGGAGACUGGUUACACAAUAUGUGCAGACUGGACUGUUGUGUGGACAAGCAUUGACCUUGACGUGUUGACAUAGGUUAUAAUGGCAUUUACUCAGAUGAAAGCAUGGUAGUUAUCUGAUGUGGUUUAGAAAAGAAGUGCUAACUACUGUCGGACUUUCUCUCUUGAGUGAUGAGCUUGUGGUAUGAUAAUAAGACUUCUACUGGAGCUGGGUGGUGGGUGGAGGUAGAUGUUGCCUAUUUGUCUCCGUAACCUGGUAGAUAUUUCUAAGGUACUUGCAUCGAUCAGAACUCAGGGUAGUUUGUUAGGGUAAAGAGACUUGCUGUAUAUGUAAAGAAUGUAUUCCUUUCCCUCUGACAUACUUCAACAAGUAUUUCUUAUUUUUUUCUACCUACAUUUUUUUUCUAAUCUUUAUAUAAAGCAGUCGUGGAACUAACGGUUGGUGCGAAGAUU